AUGAAAAGCAUGCAUAUUUUAGUAUAUUUUUUUUCUCUAGCAAAGUGCACGGAGCACACGUCAAAUAAUACUCCUAUUAUAACUCCAACUGCGCCACCAUAUGAUGACCAACCACCAGCAUAUUCUCCUUUUUAUGGUUAUCAAAAUGAAGCAUACCAGCAUCCUAGCCAGUACGGAUUUACCAAUUAUAAUGUACCGCAAUAUCCACCACCUCCUUAUUCAAGCCUUGGACAAGAGACUGGAUAUGUAAAUUUGAGCGAACAGCCGCCAAAUCCACAGUUUGGAUUUUAUGGACAGUCAACGCCACAGUAUCCGUCUCCCUAUUUCCAACAAGGAGCUGGAGAUGUCAAUCGUAAUGAACCAGGAAUGUUUUAUCCAGAAGAGGAGGGCGAAUCUACCGAGAAACUGCCGAUUACUGAUGAUGAUAAUGGGGAUCAGGGUAGAUUAUAUCCAAGUUUAGACGACUUGCUAGGUAGUUCGGAUCAAGCAUCAGACAGCCUAGAAUGGGAAGAAGAAAUAGGGGAAAUAAGAGCAAAAAAAGGAAUGCUAGAAGAGCAAGGAACGAAACACAUGAUAGUCCACAGGAUGAUGAUUCUGAAACCCGUGCAUUCUUAG